AUGUCAGACGUCAAGCUCAAAAUCCCGAUCUCCGAAGAUCAACCCAAAUCACAGUUCGGUACUACCAUUCCUACUCAUGUUUAUCACCCUCAUAUCUGCUUCGUGAUGCGCAAGGUCCUAUCAGUGGCUAUUAUAUCAAUGACCGCAGAAACAACCCCCGACCCGAGCAUACCAACGUACCCGGAAUGGGACAACACCGACGUAAUCCUGUCGUCGUUCUUUUGGGGCUACAUCCUUCCACAAGUUGGUGCAGGACAACUCAGCGAGUACUUCGGCCCAAAAUGGUUCCUGUGUGGUACCAUGACCAUCGGAUCCGUUUUCAAUAUAGCCGUACCACCGAUGGCAGCCGCUUUUGGUUCCACAGGAGUAAUUAUCAGUCGCGGGAUUCAAGGUUUAAACCAAGGUUUUGUAUAUCCUUCGAUCCACAAUCUCAUAAGUCAGUGGUCACCGAUCGCCGAAAGGGCAAGAGUUUCGAAUGUUGUGAAUGCCGGAGCUAGUUUGGGUAUAGCUAUUGCUAUGCCCCUAACUGGUGCUAUCGCUGGGUCUGAGCUAGGAUGGCGCACAGCAAAAUUCACCUACUUCUCACAAAAAAUAUCAAAGGAAGAGUUGAUGUAUAUCCAAGAGAACAAUUUAAUGACGAUUAUCUAG